ACAUAAAGGUACGAAGCACCGCAGUGGUAGCCUAAGGUUACCUAUUGUAGCAGCCUAAGGCAACUACAGUAUAAUUAGUCAUCUAACCUUAGACUAAUAUAUAAGGCCACAACCGGGCCCACAAAGUAGCUUAGACAAUCAACCUAACCUGAACAACUUUGCCCUGCUCACAAAAUACUAUAGUUAAUUCCAACAGGGAUAAAUACAUAUCAUUCUGAUUCAUUCAUCGUAUGUGCUACGUGAUGUACCUCGUACUAUGUAAGCUGACUGUGUUUACCUAGGGUACCUCCCACUUUCGUCAUCAGACGAACAUUUGAAGCUUUUCAAAAAGUCCUCUUCUCCCUUCUCCCUUCUCCCUUCUUCCUUAGGCAUCCUACGUAACAUGUCCAACAUACAUCUUUACAUUUAGUAGAUUUAUUAAUUCACUUAACUAGGUAUUUACUACUUUUAUUAGGUAUAUCAUAGGUAUAUGAGCCGUAAACAAUGGAUCAGAAGGUUGAUGAUCUACUACGCCGACCACUUUAUGUCUACGACCUACCUGACCAGGUCCUCUGUACACUCGCUUUAAAACAGGAUGUCCGCGAUGAAUUACCAAACACAACAUCAGAAGAAAAUAAGCCAAGGUCCCCAGGGCGAAAAGAAGCGCAAAACAUACCUGACAAUACCCCAUCAUCAUCUAUAGUUGGCUCACAAUCCUGCUCGCUCUGCGUCUUUUCGUUUACGAAUGUGCAAGACCAGCGCAGCCACCUCAAGUCAGACUUGCAUCACUAUAACUUAAAACGAAAAUCACGCGGCCAUAAACCAGUCUCUGAGGCCGAAUUCGAGACGUUAAUCGCAACUCUCGACGAGAGCCUGUCAGGUUCUGAUUCAUCCGACUCCGAUGAAGAAGACAACCAUAACGAUAAAGAGAAUGGUCUCCUGACGACGCUCCUAAAGAAACAAGCCACUCUCGCAGAUCGAAAGGGCGCUAUCAACAUAGCCAACGAUGAUGAUGAUGGUGGUGGUGGUGCCAGAUUUACGAGGAGGAAACCGAAGGGUGUAACUGGGCUGCCAUUAUUAUGGUUUAGUUCACCACUCCUUCCGCCAAAUAAGUAUUUUGGCAUCUACAGAUCUAUUCUCACACUGGAGGAAUCAAAAGAUGAUGGCCAAAUUGUAGAGACAAUCAAGAAAAAGCAACUAGAGCCGAUACCGGUACCGAAGCCAGGACCGGAUGGGAACUUCACGUCGACCAGCUACAAGGGGCCGCAUAUAUUCCUUUGCAUGAUCGGAGGUGGUCACUUCGCUGCCAUGGUCGUGUCACUGGCGCCGCGACAAACAAAGCACGGCUCUGUGGGCCCUCUGAAUAGAGAGGCCAUAGUGCUAGCGCACAAGACGUUCCACCGAUAUACUACCAGGAGGAAGCAAGGUGGAUCGCAGUCGGCAAACGAUAAUGCGAAAGGCAAUGCGCACUCGGCGGGUUCAAGCAUCCGUCGGUACAAUGAGCAGGCCUUGACAGACGAGGUCCGUUUACUCUUGCAAGAAUGGAAAAUAUUACUAGACACGUCAGAGCUACUAUUCAUCCGAGCAACGGGGUCUACGAAUCGAAGAACACUUUUCGGUCCUUACGAAGGCCAAGUCCUACGAGGCAACGACCCGCGAAUACGUGGAUUCCCGUUCAGCACGCGGAGAGCAACGCAGAAUGAGCUGAUGCGAUCUUUCAUCGAGUUGACGAGACUGAAAAUUUACGAGAUCGAACAGAAACAGGAUACAAAAGGGGAAGAGGAGCAGUCGGUGAAGACGACACCCAAACCUGCAAAGCCGGCUGCACCAACCCUAACAGAGGAGGAAGAAACAGCACUACUGCAUACAUCACAGUUACAGGCCUUCAUACGAAGAUCUAAACUACCUGGUCUCCUGUCGUAUCUAAAGAGCAAUAACCUACCUGCCGAGUUCCUCUUCCAACCAACAGACUCGCAGCAGAAUCAUCACGCACCUACCCCCCUUCACCUUGCCGCGAACCAAAACUCAGCGCCGAUCGUCCAAGGACUCCUGGUGAAAGGAGGUGCAGACCCAACAUUUAAAAACCAAGAAGGUAAGACGGCCUUCGAGCUUGCAGGUGACCGCACAACGCGCGAUGCCUUUAGGGUCUCUCGCGACAAGUUGGGCGAGGCACGAUGGGACUGGGAGGCGGCCAAAGUGCCACCACCGUUGAAGAAAGAGGAGGCGGAUAAGCGGGAAGAGCGCGAACGCCAGGAGAAUAUGAAGCAAGAAGCGGAGCGCCGCAAGGCUGAAGAAGAGCGGCUCAGAAAGGAGGGACCCAAAAUUACGCAGAGUAAUAAUAAGACGCGUGGAGGAACGCUGAUGGAUGCCGGCCCGAGAAAGACGGCGCAGGAUAAGCGUGAAGAGGAAGCGCGGGGGCUUACCGUAGAGCAGAGGACGAAACUUGACCGUGAAAGGAGAGCUCGCGCGGCAGAAGAGAGGGUACGCCGGAUGCAGCAGGAGAAUAGUACCUAAAUAGGUGCCUCGCCUACCUACUACCUGCUGCAUACCUAUGCUACAUACUGGAUAUGUAGUAAGCGCUGAUAUGCGUUUUUGUGGCGCCUUGGAUAUUGAUCAGUACAUCAUGCAGGUUAGUUAGAAAACACAUGCAACGAGUAGGCAGUGGGAUAAAUUGCUAGGUAGAACAUAUACGCGCCGCCCCUCUGUGUAAGCCUGUGUAAGCGCUUUCCAAUGUGAUGAACGGCCAAUGAAAUUAACAAGAUGUUUUCAGCCACCACGACGCCUUUCACGUUGAAAGUGAAGGACGAGAAUGGGGGGUUUAGCUUCUUUAUAUGCACAUGAGUUGAGAUCUGCUAAAUCGAUUAUUUGGAUUAUUUGGCGUUCGUCAACUAUGGGUGGCCGGUCUUGUUAUAUAGGUAUGUAGCCAUCCAUGUAUGCAUCAUGUAGCAAGAACCGUAUAGAUGAGACUGUGGUAGCAUGGGGACCCUCCAAAUAAGCUCAAACCAACAGAUCGCG